AUGAAACCUUUAUUAAAUCUUGUUUUUAUUUCAUUACUUAUCUACUCAACUCAUUCAGUUAUACUCAAAACACCAAUGAUUAAUAAUUAUCCUCAAAUCGCUGUUUUAGGUUGCGAUAGUAGUAAAGCUAAUUUAUAUUAUGAUACUGAACGACAAAUAUGGGUUGAACAUUUAGUUAGUUCAUGUGUUAAUAAUGAACAAAGUAUUCUUGAAUUUUGUCAAAAAGCUUAUCCAUCUCUUUCAAUUGGCAAUAUAGUUCGACUUGAUAAUGUAUUACGUUUUGAAAAUUGGUGUGAAAUUUUACCAUCAAUAAAUAAUGAUGAUAUACCACGUUGUAAAACCGACAGUAAAACAGAAGAAUCAGUUCAACCAUAUCGUUGUUUAUAUAUGGAUUCUAAACGUGAAGAAUUAUCUUUACCAACAAAUGAUUGUAUAAUGAACAGUAUAACUGGAACAGGUCAAUGUUUACGUACUGAAAAAUGGCAACAAUUAGCAUCAAUUGAUUGUUCAAAUAAAACUAUGGUAUUAAAUAAUUCAAUCAUGACAUCUGAUUGGUGUGGUCUAUCAAAAUUUCGUGGAAUUGAAUUUAUUUGUUGUCCAUUAAAAGAUGUUAAUACGAAUAAUGUUUAUCAAACAAAUCUUGAUGAUGAUGAUGAUGAUGAUAAUACAUUAAAUGAAGAUGAUCCAAUACAAGAAUCAGUUGUUAUUGUACCAACAACAACUACUGUUGAAACUCAUCGAAAAAUUAUAGCUAUGUCACUUGGAUCACGUGAACCGAAUUGGAUUGAAGAUAAUCGUCAAUGGGAAACAAUGUCAGGAUAUUUUGCUGAUGAUGAAGAUCUGAAUGAUGAUCAAGAUGAAAUUAAAUUAUCAUCAACACGAAAAUCUCAUUUAACUAUUAAUGAACAUGAAAGAUUUACUAAAGAUAAAGAUGAAUUUAGAAGAAAAUUUAGAGAACAAAUUGAUCAAUUAAAAUUACGUUGGAGAAAUCGUCAAAAUGAUUUACAAUUAUUAGCUAAUAUGAAUCCUUAUCAAGCACAACAAGAAUUUGAACAAAGUGAUAUGGAUUUUCGUCGAGAUUAUGAUCUUAUUAAACAAACAGCUAAUCAAGAACGAAUACGCAUUAAUGAAUUACAUGAAAAGAAUUUAGAUACAAUACUUAAUAAUGCAAAAAGGGAAACAAAUAAAAAACUAAUGAUCGUUUGGAAUGAAAAACCUUUAAAAGUAGAAAAUAUUGAAGAAGCUCUAUAUAAUUAUCUUCAUGUUUUAUUACGUGAUCGUAUUCAUCUUGUUAAUCGUUAUGAACGUUUACGUGUUGUCGAUCCAAAUCAAGCCAAACGUAAACGAGUAUCAAUUCAUGAACGAUUACGUUCAAUAGCUAAUCAAAUAAAUGAUACUUUAAAUCAACUUAAACGUCAUUCGAAAUUUCAAUCUAAAAUUCAACCACGUAUUGAUACUCUUCUUGGAGAAUAUGUAGAAGUAAAUAAAGCAGCUGAAAAAUUAUUAAGUGAUUAUAUGAUUUCAUCAUCAACAGUAAUGACAAAUAAAAAUCGAAUUUUACCAUUAGGACGUGAUGAAAAAAAGAUUUAUCCAUUUUCUUCAGCAUCAUCAAAAAAAAUUGAUGAGAAAAAUACGAAUGAUGAUUAUUAUGGUGCAAGUGAUGAAUAUGAUGAUGAUAAUGAUGAUGAUGAUGACGAUGAUAAUCCUGAUGAUGAUGAAAGUACAACAAAAAUUGAAACAAAUAAUUCUAAUGAUCAAAUUGAUAUAGGUGAUAGUGAUUGGGAUGUUGAUGAACGUACAGAUCCAACAUUUAAUAUUAAAAUUGAAACAAAUGAUAAUGAACAAAUCGACGAUGAUAUUCGUCCAUUAAUAUCAAAUAAUGAUAUUAUUAUUCGUCGUGUACAACGUAAUCUAUUUAUAACUUAUCUUCCAUAUAUAUUUGCUUGUUUACUUAUAUUAUGUAUUGUAUUUACGUUAUUUAUAAUUCGUUGUAUAUUACAACAACGAAGAAAAUAUCAAUAUGGUAAUACAUUUGAAAAAAAAUAUGCUUUUAAAGGAGUUGAUAUAUGUACACCAGAAGAAAAAACUUUAUAUGCAUUACAAAUGAAUGGUUAUGAAAAUCCAACAUAUAAAUUUUUUGAAAGCCAAACACCGAAAUGUUAA